UCCUUGAAAGCAGUACGCAGCAGCAAAUCUUGGGCCCCACAAUGGAGGCCAAUGACAGAAGCCAUGCACAGGAAACCUUGGAGCUGGAGGAGGGGAGGGUGGCCGGCCCACGGUGGGCGCAGCUGGAGGAAGAGUCUGUACGAGACCACCGAGCGGACGUGGCGGCCCUUUGGUGUCGCCGCAUCGCCGGGUUGCUAGUCUGGGGAUUCGUCGCCUUCAUUUUCUCGCAGCUUUGGGAAGUGGCGUGGCAGCUGAAGGACCUGAAGUUGAUGGGAGUCUGCCUUCUUGUUACGGUUUCGCUGGUAUACGUCCUCGUCAAGCGGUACCAGAAUAUUCGCGAGACCGGCUUGUCUGGCGUGGAGCUGGUUCGGGCGUUGGCGGUGGACGAUCCCGGAGGAGUACGGUUAAGGGGGGUUUCAAGAAAGGCGCGGGCCAUGUGCAUGGACUUCAAGUACGAUCCGGAGGGAGUGUUCCGCGAGCGGUCCGCAGGUCGCGGCUUCGAGAUGUACCCGACGCAGCGUCCCCGUGGUGGCGCGUCGUCGGGGUCGGGGUCGGGGUCGGGGUCGGGGUCGGGGUCCCCUUCCUCCUCGUCCCUGCGGGGCCCCUCGCGGGUGACAAAGGGAGAAGGGAAAGAGGAGGAGGAGGAGGAGGAGGAGGAGGAGACGGCAGGGGCGGGCGAGUCGAGAAAGGGGAGCCAAGGGAGGCGACGCGCCAGAUGGCCCUGGGACCGCGGGGGAAGGAGAAGUGACGAUCCGUCAAGCGGUCAGGGAAGCGAUGGCAAUGGCGCGAACGACACCGAAGAGACUCCGAUAAGUCGAGGAGAAGAGCAACGAAGACGGCAAGUCCAGGUCCCCCCAUUGACGGCAGCGCCGUCAGGAGUCAGCGGCAGUGCCAACGAAGGCAGCAGCAACAGCAACAACCCUGAUGCGGCGGAGCUAGGGCAGCCGCCACGGCCGCCGCCGCCGCCGCCGGCAUACUUGGAGCGGGACGGGCGGCAGGUGAUUCGCGCGUCCGAGCUGAACGCGUCGUGCUCGGUGUGCCUGUUCGAGUACUACGUCGACGAGGCGGUAACGCUCCUGCCGUGCGGGCACCUGUACCACACUGAGUGUAUCGAUAUCUGGAUGCGGGACCACGUGGACUGCCCCUACUGUCGCGCGGACAUGAACGUGUGGUGCAACAGCGGCGGCGAGUUGAGCGGGGCUGGUGUCUACAGGAACCAGACCGCGGCGGCGGCCGCACCUCCAACGGUGCCUACCGCCGCAAGCCGUAACGCUGGCGGUGAUGGCAGUGGCGGCGUAGCUGGCGGCGCGGGAGAUGUGCCUCCAAGCACGGCCGUAUUGUCAUCAGAAGACCCCCCUUCUUGAGGACAUAUACUCCCCUUCUUCCCCUCGCUGCCUCGGCAAGGUUUUGCGAAAGCAUGACCCAUAGCGAGGGGGCGGGUCUUUCUAGCGAGCAGGGCUAGUCUCACCCUCAAGGGACCGAUACCUUCUUGCUGCCGCGAGGCGUGCGUAGAGGUGGAGUUGCGUCGGCACUGGUGCGUCAGGUACAAAGGUGCACAUGCCCGGGCCUCCAGGCCGUCGGUGUAGGCAGCAAUGCCCAUCUCAUCUUUGUGCGCGGAGGCAGACGCCAUCAGAAAGGUGGACGGGCACUAUGUACACGGCUCUAGGUUUGCUAGAGGGAGCUGUACUGUCUCAGUAACCUGGUUUUGCCAUCAAAGGAGGAGGGGACAGGUGGUGGUGACGAGCUGAUGAUUGGGCUGGUUGACCCGUCGGCGCGAGAAUUUUCAGACCAAGAACUCUAAGUGCACCGAGGGAGAAAGCGAGGAACCGACUGGGAAGGACAGCAACGAGAGCGUGUACGAAGCGGAGCGGGUCGAGUUUGGUCGUGCUGGGGCUUGCCACAGCGGCACCGGAGGAGCGUCACCGGAGCAGCGGAACCGGAGCUGCGGAACCGGAGCAUGCGGACGGCAUCGAACCGUGGCGCAUGGACAAACAUCUCUUGUGUAGUCAAUUAUUUUUCCGUUUUUUUCCUGAAUACAGGUGUUGGGUGUGUGUGAUGACGUCACUGGUGUUGUAGAGAGACGCGGCAGAGGUGGCGCGGGUAACCCGGGUGCCUUAAUUGUGUACCUGCAUCGUGGAAGACCCCUGCAAUGUGGAACGAUUCCUAGUCAGUGUCGAUGUUUACACUGCUGUGCCUAACACAGAUGAUGUGGAUAGAUUCGGGUGAUUGUCAAUUGCAAUGAUGGCUUUGGUUGGGUGUUCUUCAUUGUAUGUCCACGGACUCAUUCUGACAGCACUUCAGACAGCAGCUGCAUGCCCCGAGCGUGUGCACCAUGCACUAUGGUGUUAUUGUUGUACAGACAGCACUUCAGACAGCAGUACCCUGUAGUCGACAAGCAUUCAUUUUGGUUAAAUGCGGGACAAGGGGGGAAAUGCUGCUGCUACAGUCGAAUUGAGUGUGUGGGCGUGUAGUUCAGUUGUGAGCACGCAAACGUGCUGCAGGGAUUGAAGGUGUACCUCCUCGGGCUUGUGUACCCUUUUCUUGCUAAUAGUGUGUGUGUUCUUCAGAUCUUCUGAUGGCUCAAGCAUUUUUGCGACCACGGUCCGAGUCUUUGCUAGAUUUUGGGAUUAACAACUGACACGAGUUUAAUUGAUGUGAAGAAAACAACAACAACACAGGGGGGUCUUCUUGGGGAUAUACAGGGGGAUGCGAGUCGCGACGACUGCCUGCGGUGCUCGAAACCGCUCACAGACGCGGUUGAUUUUGUCGCGUCUCUAGGAGGUUGUUGCUGUUGUUGACCUUGGUGUUGUCAGGUGAACCCGGGUCUACAGCAGUAGGUAGUGCGGAAUUUGUUUGUUUCAUGUUUGUGCCAUAUCCGGAGCGAUGGCAGCUACAUCCCCGGUGCGCACUCGAUCGUCGCACUGAGCGAGCCUCGGAGCUGAGCGCGACCAUUUGCUCUGAACAAAUCCGCGCUUGCUUUCAUUUCGUCGUGAGUGUAUGUUGUUGUUUCUGAAUGCGGAUGGCACGGUCAAUGCAUCUUACAUGCGUGUGUGUGUGAUGUGUGUGUGUCUACGUUGUUAGAGUCGACCGCGCUAAUCAGCUGGCGAACGAAACGACGUCAGUCUCAGUUCGGUUGUUGAAAAACAGGAAGAUUCUCAACGCCAUGACCUUGGUGUGUAUGUGUGUUUUCUAUAUUACAAAAUACAUACUGGUAGCACUGAUCGCGCUAGUCCGCUGGCCAAUGAUGAUAUACAUGUCAGUGAUGGCCAGGCAAAAACCGCUAGAACCCCUCAUAUCCCUUGGGCUGCCCUGCGUGUACUGUAUGUAUCCUGUGUCUUGCCUGCCACCGUUUUUGUCUUCAGAAAGUUAAGGUAGUGGAUCAUUCGAUCGCCGUGAGUCUAUGGUGGGGUUUUGAGAUACCUUUUGUUUCCUUUGGCGUGACCAGGUCUGAUGUACCAACCCUAACGUUCCACGUGCUUUUUCCGAUGGAAACAAGGAAUAAUCAGUUGGACGUGAUGGUAUGCGUAGGAAGAUGAAUGUUUGGCCUCUCUGCCCCCUCCCCCUGGUAGUUCUUCAUGUUUGCCAUGUACCCUUUGUUUAGUGGAGUGUAGAAAUAUGCAACAUGACAACAGCAGUUCGUGAAUGAAGGGAUGGUCUGCCUGAUGGCGAUUGUACGGAGUUGCAGUGUAAUAUGCAAGCUCAUCUUCAAAUAAAACCGGCGAAAAAAAAAAACAAAGGAUGUACGCACACGCAGACAGGCUCAAUGACACUUACAGGAUGCUGGUGUGAGUGUGAGGUGGCAAAUGCUGCGAUUGUGGCAGUGCCUACAAGAGAAAGUUUAUCGACAGCAUUCUUUUCAGCUGCUGCCGUCCUUUUCCCACGACCGCGUAAACGCAGCAUGUACUAUAGUGUGGUGGAAGGGAAAUAUUGGGUUUGUAGUGUAGAUCUUAUGAAGGCUCCCUAUACUACGGAGGUAGCUCUUUGUAUCCUAGAACGCGUGCGUUUUUGUGUGUAUUUUUUUGGGCUUUCGCUAGGUGCUGUUGUCGCUGUACUCCUUUCCGGUGAACUCCAUAAAACAAAAAAGGUGAAAGAGGAUAUACUGUAGCAUCGACAUGGAAAAGAGGCAACAAGCAAGCAGUAGAGGUACUUGCUUCAGGGGUUUUGGCGUCGUGCGCCUCCAUGCUAGGUGUGAAACGAGUCCUUAAGAUGCACGAUAAUUAAUUGGCGUUGGAGUUGUUUAUCUCGAGCUCUUGGGUAGAGUGUCGCAUAUUCUACUCUCGGGAACUGUGACCAAUCAGCAUUAAUCGAGUACUCGCGUGUACACUUGAAUUUAGGGUAUUCCCAUGUCUCGUCUUCAGGUAGCUGGCUUUGUGACCACGGAAGGCGUCCUCGUCAGUUGGACCACUACGGAUACUAGAAGGCACUGAGCGAAGAACGGAACGGUUUAUUUAUGUGAAGACAGCAACAAGUCGGUUUCUGUCUCUCCUGCUCAGUUGAAGGUGGACCAACCGGUCAGCGGGCGCCAGCACAGAAGUAGCUCAUAUGCAUAUCAUUGUCGGGUGGAGUGUGAUGAGCGCGCGAAGGUAUCAUUCGUCCAGUCCGUAGGAGGACGAAAAAAAAAUUGAGAAAAAAUCGGAGGUGUAUUUUUCAAGACUCGGCUUAUUUUCCUCACGUAGCUUUGUCGGAUGUCUUCGUCUUUUCAGACAAAAUCACUCUUCUUCGCUUACGCUGGUGAGCACUUGGCGCAACCCCCAGUUUUUUUCGUGUCGUACGGUGGUAGUUGCUGACAUUGGGUACAGGACAUGCCCAGCAUUAUGUGUUUUUGUGUCUAUAGAUACUUCAAAUGAG